AGUUUGUGGCCUUGCACUAAAGGAAAAUCAACAAGAAUAUAGUAAUGUGUGUAUAUUGUUUUUUUCCUUCUUUCAUGCGGGGUAAAAUUCAAGUCAAAUAUAACAGGAACACUUUUUUAAAGUUAGGUUACAAAGUCUCUUCUGACUCAUCAGGAUAAUUGUAAUGCAUAAUCAACUCAGAGGACCCGUUUUAAGCAAUGAAAAAUCUCAAUUUACGUUAACGGCAUUGUGUACAUGUAAAAAGUCAUUUUUAAUUACAGUCUUUGCUUUACUCAAUGUGUUUUACUGUAUUCAUCUAUUAUAAAGAACUACUAGAUAUAAAGCUGUAUAUAUUAAGCUGUAAAGCUCAAUAUUUUAUUUUGACUUAUCGAACUUUCAUUUUUGUAACCUUAUUUAGCCAUUAUUGUAAAUUCUGCUUUUUGGGCUACUCUACUUUAUUUCAGCCAUUUGUCUUCUAGAGAUGAUACUUUUUUCAGCAACUGUAAGUGUAUGUGAAAAGGCUCUGUAACACCUGAGAUGUAUGUCUGUGUCCUGUUGACUGCUGACACACGCCUCAAGUUUUAUUUUAUUUUUUUAGCAAUGUAGCGAUUUUUAUAUGGCUGAAAAUGGUAAGUGCAUCCAUUUCCUGCUAUUUUUUUUAUCCAUUUGACUAAAAACACUUACCCCUGUGUAACUUAAACCACACUUAAACUAGCUGGUAAUCAGCAUUUAUCCCAUAUAUUUAUGCAUGUAGGAACCCUGCCCAAGUUACAGCCAUGUUCAUUUUUAAGCAGCCUCCGAACAGCAAUUCAAGAACACCAAGGGUGGGUAACACCACUGUUAAGAAAGGGCUUCAGAAAGAAGUUGGAUCUGUCAGACGUGUACAAGGCUCCCUCCUUUGAUCUGGCAGACAACCUCUCUGAGAGACUUGAAAGAGAAUGGGACAGGGAGGUGGUGUCAGCCACAGCCAAGAGAAAGCCAAAGCUGCUGAGAGCACUGGCCCGCUGCUUCUUUUGGCCUUUCGCCUUCUUUGGUGUCCUCCUCUACCUUGGGGAGGCUUCCAAGACAGUGCAACCUCAGAUUUCAGGUCGCAUCAUUGCUUCCUUUGACCCUUUCCAUGCUCCAGAGAGAAGUCAGGGACUCUACCUGUCCCUGGGCCUUUGCCUCCUCUUCACUGCCCGCUUCCUUCUGUUGCAGCCUGCCAUCUUUGGACUGCAUCACCUCGGCAUGCAGAUCCGCAUCGCCCUUUUUAGCCUUAUUUACAAGAAGACCCUGAAGUUGUCCAGCAGAGUCUUGGAUAAGAUCAGCACUGGUCAGCUUGUUAGUUUGAUGUCUGCAAAUCUCAACAAGCUGGAUGAGAGUCUGGGUCUGGCACAUUUUAUAUGGAUCACCCCUCUGCAGUGUAUAUUGUGUGUCGGUCUGGUCUGGGAGCUGAUUGAGGUGAACGGCUUCUGUGGCCUUGCAGCACUGACUCUGAUGGGCAUCGUCCAGGCCUGGCUCUCCACGAAGAUGGCACCUCAUCGGGCGAACCGAGCACCUAUAACUAGCCGCCGCCUGGCUCUCACCACAGAGAUUAUAGAGAACAUUCACUCUGUGAAGGCAUACGGCUGGGAGGAAGUGAUGGAAAAUAUCAUCAAGAACAUCAGGCAGGAUGAGAUGACACUGACGAGAAAGAUUGGAUCGCUCCGUUACUUCUACAGCGCCUCAUACUUCUUCUCUGCCAUCUUUGUUAUCCUCUCAGCGAUUAUACCAUAUGCACUCAGUAAAGGCAUCAUACUGCGUCGAAUUUUCACCACAGCGUCCUACUUCAUGGUGUUAAGAAUGACACUGACCCGCCAGUUUCCAGGUUCCCUCCAGAUGUGGUACGACACAAUGACACUACUCCACAAGAUCGAGGAUUUCCUGAUGAAGGAAGAGUACAGUGGGCUGGAGUAUAACCUCACCACCUCAGAACUGGAGUUGGUCAAUGUGUCCGCAUCCUGGGAUGAGCAUAUUGGUGAGUUGUUUGAGAAGAUCCAGCAGGAGAGCAAAGCAAAUGGACACCUGAACGGUGACCCCGGGCUCUUCUUCACCAAUCUCUAUGUCACACCUGUGCUCAGAAACAUCAGCCUGCACCUCGACAAAGGCCAGAUGCUCGCUGUGGCUGGAUCCACUGGCUCAGGAAAGAGUUCCCUGCUCAUGAUGAUUCUGGGAGAACUGGUGCCAACAGAGGGUAAAAUUAGACACAGUGGUCGCAUUUCCUACUCACCCCAGACUUCUUGGAUUAUGCCAGGGACGAUUCGUGACAACAUCCUGUUUGGCCUGACUUAUGAUGAAUACCGCUACAAUUCUGUUAUCCAAGCCUGCCAGCUGGAAGAGGACUUCACUUUGCUACCCGAGAAAGACAAGACGUAUCUCGUCGAUGGAGGGGGGACCCUCAGUGGUGGUCAAAGAGCGCGUCUCUGCCUUGCCAGGGCUGUGUAUAAAGACGCUGACCUCUACCUCCUGGAUGCGCCUUUCACCCACCUGGACAUCGCUACAGAAAAAGAGAUCUUUGAAAACUGCAUCUGUAAACUUAUGGCCUCCAAGACUCGUGUCGUAGUAACCAGCAAGUUGGAGCAUCUCAAACGUGCAGACAAAAUCCUUCUGCUGCACAAUGGAGAUUGUUACUUCUAUGGCACCUUUUCAGAACUGCAGGCCAAGCGUCCAGACUUCAGCUCCCUGCUUCUCGGUCUUGAGGCUUAUGACAACAUCAACGCUGAGCGCCGUGGAUCCAUUCUCACAGAAACUCUCCGCAGGGUUUCAGUUGAUGAAACCGCUAGUUUCCGUGGCCCAGAGCCAAUUCGCCAGUCCUUCCGACAUGCACCAGCUCAAAGCCAUCCUCUAGGUGAUGGCUACCCUGAAAAACGCAAGCAGUCACUCAUCCUUAAUCCCCUGGCAGCUGCCCGCAAGUUCUCCUUCAUUGGGAAUUCUCAACAAACUGGAAACACGACAGUGGAAGACAGGUCUGAUGAACUCCCAGAGAGAAGAUUCUCUGUAGUACCUGAAGAUGAACAAAUAGAGGAGGCCCUUCCGAGGAGUAACCUGUACCAUGAUGAGUUUCAGCAUCUUAGCGGGCAGCGGCGCCAGUCUGUCUUGGAGUUUAUCACCAGCGCUCGGGGCCAAGAGCGCAGAGAGCAGAUGCAGUCAUCUUUCAGGAAAAAGCUCUCCAUCACACCGCAGUACAAUCUUCCAUCGGACCUGGACAUUUACUCCCGCCGCCUGUCCAAGGACAGUGUUUAUGACAUUAGUGAAGAUGUGGAUGAAGAAGACAUGGAGCAAUGCUUUGCAGAUGAACGUGACAAAAAUGUCUUUGAAACUACCUCAUGGAACACUUACCUACGCUACGUAAACACCAACAGGAACUUGGUCUACGUCCUCAUUUUCAUCUUGAUUGUCUCUGUCAUGGAGGUUGCUGGCUCUGUCCUCGGUAUUUUUCUUAUUACUGAUGAGAUCUGGAGGGACGCUGCCAACCCUUCAUCACCCAACUAUAUUGAUGAGCAACACCCCAAUGCAUCGUCGACGCCUGUCCAUCUCGCUGUUAUUAUGACACCCACUAGUGCUUAUUACAUCAUCUACAUCUUUGUAGCCCAUGCGGACAGUAUUCUGGCCCUGGGAUUCUUCAGGGGUCUCCCUUUAGUGCAUACAUUACUGACUGUGUCCAAAAGACUGCAUGAACAGAUGCUUAGCUCUGUGCUGCGAGCCCCCAUGUCUGUGCUCAACACGAUGAAAACAGCCAGGAUCGUGAACAGGUUCACCAAGGACAUGGCCAUCAUAGAUGACAUGCUGCCAUUGGUGCUUUUUGACCUCAUACAGGUGUCAUUAAUCGUCGCCGGUGCCAUCUUCACUGUGUCCAUCAUAGAGCCAUACAUCUUCAUCGCUGCUCUCCCGUUGGCUUUUAUCUAUGUUUUCCUCAGGAAGUACUUUCUACGAACUGGACAGCAACUUAAAGUCCUGGAGGCUGAAGCUCGUACCCCGAUCUUCUCCCAUCUCAUCCUCUCACUAAAGGGUUUAUGGACAAUUCGGGCAUUCGAGCGCCAGACCUACUUUGAGACACUUUUCCACAAGGCUUUGAACACUCACACGGCCGCCUGGUUCCACUACCUGUCUGUUCUGAGGUGGUUUCUCUUCCGCUGUGACAUGCUCUUCACCGUGUUCUUUACUGCUGCUGCCUUCAUCGCAACAGGAAGCAACAGGGACAAACCAGGACAGAUUGGCAUUAUUGUGGCCCUGGCUAUGCUUAUCUGUGGGAUUUUCCAAUGGGCUGUCAUCACCAGUAUUGCUGUAGAUGGGAUGAUGCGUUCAGUGAAUCGGGUAUUCAAAUUCAUCGACCUACCACCAGAAGAUCCCCGGUUAGGGAAAUCUAAAGGAGGUGGCAGAGGCCCUGAUAUCGUCAUCGACAACCCCCAUGCACGUGACUACUGGCCCAACCGUGGCCAGCUGGAUGUCCGAGGCCUUACAGUGAAAUACACAGAGGCUGGGCGUGCCAUCCUCAACAAUAUCUCCUUCUCUGUGGAGGGAGGACAAAGCGUUGGUCUGCUGGGUCGAACAGGUUCAGGGAAGAGCACGCUGCUGUCUGCUCUGCUGCGUCUCACCCACACAGAAGGAGACAUUUCUAUUGAUGGUGUUUCCUGGAACUCUGUCUCAUUGCAAACAUGGAGGAAAGCCUUCGGUGUGGUGCCACAGAAAGUCUUCAUCCUGACUGGAACUUUCCGGAUGAACCUGGACCCACAUGGAAAUUACAGCGACAUAGAAUUGUGGAAGGUGGCUGAGGAGGUGGGCCUGAAGUCUGUGAUUGAGCAGUUCCCAGACAAGCUAGACUUUCAGCUGGAGUAUGGAGGCAGCGUGCUGUGCAAUGGACACAAACAGCUGGUUUGUCUUGCCCGUUCCAUCCUCAGCAGAGCCCGUAUCCUGCUGCUGGACGAGCCUUCUGCCUACCUUGACCCUAUAACACUGAAGGUCCUGAGGAAGACACUGAAACAGGCGUUUUCAGGCUGCACCGUCAUCAUGUCAGAACACAGGGUGGAUCCACUGACAGACUGUCAGUCAUUCCUGAUGAUUGAAGGCAGCUCCAUGAAGACAUACGACUCCAUUCAGAAGCUCAUGAAUGAGAAGAGUCACCUCAAGCAGGCCAUGAGCACAGCCGAUCGGCUCCGCCUCUUCCCAACGCUUCACCGCCUCAACUCCAACAAGAGGCCGCCGCCACAGACCGCCAAGAUCUCCUCACUGCCAGAGGAAGCAGAAGAUGAAGUCCAUGACACGAGACUCUAACUGGCCAGCUGCAAACACACAUGCGCAUACACACCUGCAGGGACAAAAACACGGCUGUUUGAAGACCAAUGAUUUGCGGUUAAUUUCUGAAGCAAUAUGGACCAGACCAUAAUGACAGAAUCCAAAUCACUUUGGACAACUCAGGCAUAUUAUUUUACUCACUAGAAGGAGAAUUUGAUUUACACUGAAUCAGAAAUUACUGAAAUAGUGAAAUGUGUCUUACAGAAAUUGAAGCCACAUUUUUCAUAGCCAAACAUAGCUGCUGAGAUCCACUUCACUGUCACACAGUAAAACCAGCAAUAUGAAGCUUUGCACCCAUUUAAAGAAAAGCUAUGUCCUAAAUUAUUUAAACAGUCCAGCUACCUACUAUUUUAUUAACCUUUGACCAAAGGUGUGACUGGAGCCUAUCCCAUCUAACAAAGGGCAGAAGGCAGGGUAAGCAAUACUAAGUAAGUUAAGCUAACAGAGAGCUUUUCACAGAGGAGCAGUCACAAAGUACUAUAUCACAAAGCAGAGUAAAACCUGCCACUCUGGACAAGUUGUUACUCCAUCACAAGGCUAACGCAGAGACAGUGAACCACACACUCGCAUCUAAAACCAGUAUAGUAAUGAGUUAACCUAACAAGCAUGUCUUUGGACUGUGGGAAAGAACCGGAGGAUGCAGGGGAACCCAAAGAACAUGCAAACAAGGAGGUGAGGUGAUGUGUUAACCACUGCACCACUGUGUCGCUCCUAUCGCAGAAUAGGCAUGUUUAAACGUUGCAUGAACGUGAGUGAGUGUGCACAGUGCGAAAUAUGAAGGAUGAGAGUACAGAUGCAAAACUUCUAACUGCAGGUGUCUGAAUCAUUAGAAUAACACAGAUGCAAGUUUAGGAGUAUUUUUGUUUGUUUGUUUGUUUUUUAAGAAAAUGUGUGCAAUGGUGAAUUCUGCCACUAAAUUAAAGGAAAAUCAGAGUGUGUGUGUGUGUGUGUGUGUGUGUGUGUGUGUGUGUGUGUGUGUGUGUGUGUGUGUGUGUGUGUGUGUGUGUGUGUGUGUGUGUGUGUGUGUGUGUGUGUGUGUGUGUGUGUGUGAAUGAAAGACUUCACAAGCACACUGCAUGGAAAAUAAAGGGGAAUAUGGAAAGGGACCAGCGCAAAUUGAGGAAGAAUCGUAUGACUUACACGGAGCUGACAUGUAAACAAAGCACAUCAUAACAUGCACCAGAGUCCGGGUUCAGUCUGACUAAGUGGACACUGUUAUUAAGCUCAUUAUUAAAGAGCUCCGGCAGGUUUCAGUGAUGAACAAACAGUACAUGGGCCCUUUGAGUUCAGACGAGUCUCACAGAUGUUCUCUUCUGCUCUUGCUUUGAAAGAAAGGAAAAGAAAUCCAUCCUUUUUGUCUUUUUGCAUGAUUUGUUGUUUCAAAAGCAUUUUUACUGGUUUCAGUUGAGUUUUUUUUUUUUUUUUUUUUGAAAAGCAUUUUGGCUAACAGACAGCUCAUUUUCACUGGAGCUCCUCAGACUGAACGUCUAAUAAUAGCCACUGUAGAAGUCUGACUCUUGAGAUGCAUUUUGAAUGAGUGUGGAGCGUGUAACCGAGCACUGCGAGCAAACAGGAAAACAAAAGGCCACAUACUUUGUUCUCUAUUCUUGGCAUAUGGAACCAUUAAAAAAUAUGAAAGAUCACAAGAACAGAUGUUCUUCUGUUUUACCAAAAUGUAUCAAUAUCAAGCAGGAGUCCUUCACAGUCCCCAAAGCCAGCCAUUCACAUCCCACUCUUUAUAUUUUAACUUGCAUAGCAGGCAGCCUGAUAGCCAAGCAGUUAGCGAGAGUGAGACAAUACAAUCCACUCCAGACUGGAAUAAUUUGAACAAGCCAAAUUGAACGCAACUGUUGAUAUUAGCAAAUGUUAUUCAAUAGUUUUGAAGCAUCAAAUUAUAACCAUACUAUAAUUCAUUAUAAGUUCCUCAUUAAUGUGGUGACGCUGCAGUUAGAACUGCUCUGAGCUUUUGCAGCACUCACGCAGGCGCUCCAAAGCCAUACUGAUGUAUCCUCCACCAGCAUGUCGGUGCUGGGGUGAGGCCUCCAGGCCACCUCAUAGCCUCCCAAAGAAAGACAAAGCAUCCUAUCACACUGUAAAACCUGCUUAGGAAUGGCUCAAGAAGCCAGUCUGGAAAAAUGUCAAGGUGUCUGGUGCAAAGGGUUCGCAGCAGUUCAUUUGAUUUUAAUGAUAUGCUCAUUGGAUUUUACUUUUUAUUUAUUGUGGCUGUAUGUGCCAAACUAGGAGAUCAAUAGCAAUAGCAGCAGCUCAUUAAAUGAGACUUCUGCAGUGGCUUUGUGUGUCUUUUUUUUUUUUUAAUUAAAGCAAAUAGUCCUAAAUUCCUUCUGUCUAUACUCAGUCAGUCUGACCCUGAAGCAACUUAACUGAUGUCCACAAAACAGUGAUGCUGUUGGCUGACGCUAGUAGUUUGUGAUGACUCAGAUACCCUUAUUUUUCUAUGUGUAUGCACUUUAGAGACACCCUGAGGUACUCAUCAGCUUUCACAGCAAGGACACAGUCAUGUGAUUAAAAAAUCUGCACUUUCAUGUCAAAUCCUCAAUGAAAAGUAGAAUGAUGCCAUUUGAUGACAAUUAUCUUUAAUUUCUCAGCCGCUAUUAUUUUAUGAUUUAUGGAGAGAAGCUGGUAAUUCGUCCAAAGUUAAAAAGAAACAAAAACAAAGAAAAAAAAACUUUUCUAUGUGAGAUAAACUUUUUAAGAGCCACUGCUGUACAAACGCAAAGCAUUUCGGUUUUCUUUGUUCAUCAUUUCUCACCAUUUCUCUGUUCUUCGCUCUGAAACUGGGAACCAUUUAGACUUUUCUAACAUUCAUUCUAUUUUGAAUUAUAAUUUUGUAAAGCACCGCUGCAGUAAAUGAAGGUACCUUGAAGAAAUGCCUCAAUAUGUUAACAGACUUUUCUUUUUUUUUUUACAUUGUAAAUUAAGAACAAAACUGUUUCUUAUUCAUAGGAAUGGGCAGAGAUGUCCAGAAAUGUAUAAAUGUAUUUGUCAAUCAACUAUAUUUCCAGUAAAACUAAAGAUUUUGAGAAUUCA